AGUGAAGUUAGUGAGUGUCGCAACGGACGGCCCGAAAAUUCAGCCGAAGAAAAUGAAGCGAGUGUUCUACCUGGAAAAGGUGCGGGACAAGAAGUGGGACAAGCUGGACAAGGAUACCAUCGUUGGACUGCGCUAUCGGGGCUACACGACACCGGAUGGACCGACGUCGAACACCAGCACCAACAACAGCUCAACGACAAACGCCGUCGUCAAUAACAACAACAACACCAACACCAAGAACACCAACAAUGGUCAUCUAAACUCUGUAAAUAACAAUAGCAUCAACAGUGGUGACUGCACGACGAAUGUGGCGUUGAAUAACGGACUGAAUAACAAUACUCGUUACAACAAUAACCUGAACAACAACAAUAACAACAACAACAACAUUAGCAGUAAAGACCACAACUACGGUCCCGCUACGAACCCAUCAUCCACCACCUCGUCGGCGUAUUCUUCGCAACCGCCGUCGCUCAACCAGUACGACCGCCGAUCACCCGAGGGCAAGGACAAUGAUUCCUACGUGAGCGAAACCAGCGGCGGAAAGAUGCUGAACAACAAUAACAACAGCCUCAACAUAAACAACAACAACAACAACAAGAUACUAGCCUUAUCAUCCUCCUCUCCAUCCUCAGUCAAUGGUAAUCUAGUCAGUAGUAGUAAUAGUAGUAACAAUCAACAAUCGAACAUUCCAAAUGCCGCGGCGACGACGACGGCAGCGGCACCGGCGGCGACGGCCACGGCGACGGAAGUGUACUCCACCUCCAACAACGAGAACGGCAAGAUCAACGUCCAGGUGACAGUCCUAGUGGGUGAGUACCGGAAGACCUUACCCGGCGAGAAGUCCGAUGCGAGAACGUUAGCCGACCUGAAGAAGCACCGUUCGCAGAACCGGUCCAGCGUCAGUCCGGACAACGGGUCCCUGCUGAGCGCCCAGAGUUUGGGCAGCCUGACGACCGGCGCCAACGGGCAACCCCUGGAGCUGUCACUGGUCUCUGGAACAGCGGCGACGGCGGCGGCGGAUCAUCUCCAUUCGUAUCCGCAUGGCAACGGAAACGGAAGUCUCGUGGGAGGAGGUGGCGGCGGUGAUAAAUCGGGAAUUUCCACGCUGAGCAGUGCAACUGGCAACGGGUCCCUGGUGAUGGCUGCCGGAGGCGACGGAACGCCCAGUGGGACGCUGAACAAGUUCAGUGGCAAUACCAGUGACGUCGUCAGUGAUAGCACCCGCUCCCGGCGGUGCUGUGUGGUAAUGUAAACAAACAAUAGAGGCCGACAUGCGAAAUGACAGGUAAGCCAUUCUGCCAAUUCAUAUCAAAAUCAAUGCGCAGGCCUAUACAUUGUGGAUGCGGUCAAACGAGAGCAAUACAGGAGGGAGUGGAAAGCGGAAGAGUGUUUAGAGGGAAGAGUUUAGAUAUAGUUUCGUGCCCCCCUCUUAGAGGGAGGGAGGGACACCAGCAGCUGAAAAGCAACUGAAAGUUGUGAUAUAUACGAUUUGUGUUUACACAUAUUCAAUUUUUUUUUUUCGUAGGUUAGGUUCGAAUCUUUUCGCGUUUCCUUGCUUCCUCCCUGUGGUCCCGUAGUUGCAAAUUGUGGAUGUAGAUAUAUUUGUAUAUUUGUUAUUGUGUAUUCUAUUGUACAUGAAUUGAUUUGCCUUCCUCUUUCGCCGUCUUCCCGGAAGGCCGAUGGAAACGCGUGAAUGAUUUUCUGUAAGGAGAGUAUUUUAAUUUUGUUUCGAGAAACAAAACAACCCAUCAAGAAAGUCCGUAGAAACAGAACGCAGUAUUCAGAAUAGUACUUAACACAGAUCCGAUAUACUCUCGGUAUUAGUCUUUAUUUCAUGGCCUUACUUACUUACUUACUUACUUACUUAUACAUGUGCAGCUUGUCAAAACUGAAACAAAAAUAGCAUGCGAAUAGCAAUAACAACAAACUAAGAUGUCAAUCGUGGUCACAGUUUAGCUCCAAUUUUGUCGUUAUAAAUAAUGAUCCCUUUUGGGAAAUCCUUGCCUGCUUCAGGAGGUUAUGUUUCCGAAUGUUAAAGGCUGAUAAAAGUAUUCGUCUUCACUUCUAUAGCCUUCGAUGAUCAGCUUGUCCAAUUAUCCCACCUUCCAUCACAACUUCCUGAAGGUCAGCUCCAACGCUGCAUCUUUCCGAACAACUUGUAUGAUCCAAAGAUUUAACUUCUCUGCUGCAGGCCUAUAGCCAAGCUUCCUGAAUUCAAGAAUAGCUAUUUAAUUCCACUGCCGGAACUUCCAUGCCCCGGACAAAAGAGCUUUACUCGAAACGCGCAAAAACACUGAAAAAAAAGAAACGUCAAGCAUAAUCAGGCAGCAAGCAUCAUAGAACAGUAGGCUAGGCGAUGGUGUAAAUAUUAUGUUUUGAUGUAAAAUUCACAUUAAAUACAACCUACUCAAUUACCGCACUUACACUUGAAAACAGAACAAAUGCAAUGAAAAGUAAAACAUCACACGUGGUUCAAUUAAUCAAACCUUGAAGAAGAAAAAAAAACUAUAUUUACAUAACUGCUCCAUCAACAGGCGAUGAAAACGAUUAGCAAAGCUAUAUAGAAAACGGUAGAGAUUCCGAGCUAACAGUUUCCAAAACAGCACACGUACCGUGAUUAUCACAAGUAAUUAAAGUUUUUUUUUUACUGUGCACUCUUCUCUAGGUUAGUAAGAGAAGUCAUGAAAAGAAUAGAGAAAAAAAAACACAACAAAUCGUUUUCCUACAAUGAACCAAUGAUUUAGUCCAUCUACACAACAGUUGUUAUGCUUAUUGGAAAAAUUGAGCUGUUUUUGAUUUGAACCCACAGCAACAGCAAAAGAUUAUUAUUAUGGUUAUUAUUAUAGUUAUUGUAUUACCCACGAGUCGACAAGUCCUUUUCUUUUUAUUUUUUUUAAUUUUCUUUGCAAUUUCUCACGACAAUUUUUAGUCAAACACAAAAUAGAACACACAAACACACCCACAGAUACCCAACAGUAAAACAAGCGAUCAGAUCAAAGCAGAAUCGUUAUCAGAGGAAA